CACACACACACACACACACACACAGAGCAAGGCUAAUGGAAGAACGCAAGUACAUAUCAAGUGUGCCAUUUCAGACAGAGCCUGAAUCUGCUGCCCAUGUGAUCCCAACAUGCAGCUUUUUCAGCAUCAGUGUGCUUUAAGCCAAUCAGCUUGAGAGUUCUUUCCCCGCCUACCGGACUGAGGCCAUCUUACACUGUGCUUUGCUGUGAGGCGUCAUACGCAUACACUGUAUCAGUUUCAGAGCUUGUGACGCUGCUGGUGUAACAGUGUUGUAAAUGAAGCAGGCAGAGGAAAAAGUGGGCGUUUCUGUCGACUUGCACUGAAGCAUGGAUUAUGAGAGGAGGGGCGGUCGCGGUGACCGAAUGGGUCGCUAUGGGAAAGAGUCUGAUGAUCACGACUACAGGGACAUGGACUAUCGUGGCUAUGGACAAGAAAAUGGCUUAGGGCUGAAUAGCAGAAUAACAAAUGCAAGGCAGCACGAGCGUGACAAUAGUUUUGAAGGUGUGAGAGACUUUGCCUCAGGCAAAUUCUUGAAUAAUCGCCCUGGAUUCAGCCAAAAGGUGAACCGUGGAUCCAAAGAUAGCCAACUUGAAAAAAGUCUCCUCCAAAGUCCUCCAAAUCAGAACAUCCACUCAAGAUUUCAGCAAGAUGAUAAGGAUUAUGAGUUUGAACCAGAGAUUGAUGCACACGGUAGGGAUAUGCAGACAUUUAGAUCAGGACAGAAGGUGUACCUAGAUGACCAAACGCCAGAUGAAGGUGAAGAAAAUGAGGACAACACCUGGGGCAGAGUUAGAGGACGGCACAAUUCUCAGGGCGAAUACAGUGCUGAAUGGAGAGCUGAGGAAGACAAAUAUACUAGACAUCUUGGGCACAAACAAGGUCUUCCUGACCAAGUCCAAUCAACUAAGGGCAAAAUGAGGGAUGGAAGCUACCAGCAUGCUGUGGAAAUGAGCCAGGAGGAGCCAGAACCCCGUGACCAGGACUACAGGUCUGAUACAGAGCCGGUCCAGAAACCCAGCAACAUUGUCAUGCUGAGAAUGCUCCCACCGAAUGCAACCGUUAAUGAGAUUCGGGCUCGGCUGCAGGAGCAGGGGAUCCAGCCCAGGGAAGUUCGCCUAAUGAGGAACAAGUCUUCAGGUCAGAGCAGAGGAUUCGCCUUCGUCGAGUUUAAUCACUUGCAGGAGGCCAGCCGCUGGAUGGAGACCAACCAGAGAGUGCUCACUAUUUUGGGACAGCGAGUAUCUAUGCACUACAGUGACCCAAAGCCCCGUGCUAAUGAAGACUGGCUCUGCAAUAAGUGUGGAGUUCAGAACUUCAAACGAAGAGAAAAGUGUUUCAAGUGCGGAGUUCCAAAAUCAGAGGCUGAGCUGAAACUGCCUCUGGUGCCAAAGAGUUUACCUUUGGGUCAGUUAAAGGACUCAGCUCAGGGUUUACUGCCCCUUCCCAUCAUAUACCAGACAGCAUCUCCGAUUCUCAACUUAAGUUCCUCGUCCCAGGCUGCUGAGGUUGCCAAUGACACUCUGAUACUACGGAAUCUGGGACCCCAUACAACACUAGAGGCCAUUUUGUCUGCUUUGGCCCCGUUUGCUACUCUCUCCCCUUCAAAUGUACGGCUUAUCAAAGACAAACAGACACAGCUCAACCGAGGGUUUGCUUUCCUGCAGCUCACUACUAUCGUGGAAGCUUCACAGCUGCUUCAGAUCCUCCAGUCCCUGCAGCCUCCUCUCUCUAUCGAUGGCAAGCUCAUCUCUAUAGAGUUUGCCAAGGGCUCCAAACGAGAUGUUUUUCUGGCAGAUGGGAGUCGGGUGAGUGUGGCGACAGUUGCGAGUACAGCUAUAGCUGCAGCUCAGUGGGCCGUCACUCAGACGGCGCAGCUCUCUGGUGCAGCUCCGAGCGGUGAGUUCAGUGUGCACCAGCAGGGGGCAGCAGCUGUGUUUCGGCAAGAGGCCGUGCAGGGUGUCAGUGCAGAGGCGCAACCCUUUAAAGGGCCAGCAGCUUUGAUACUGACUAGCCACACUUCAUUAGGCACUCCUGAUGGAGGAACUACCUCUACAGGAGAAACAGGUGCUACCUCCAUAUUGGCGCUCACAGCAUCCCAGACCCAGCUUGUCACCACGACAACCUCCACACAGGCCAAUCAGGUGGAGAUCAUUGGGAAACCUCAGCCUGCUACCCCAAACCAGCCUGCCACACCUGGAACUGCUCUGGAGUGUCAGCAGUACCCGGAUCCUGACGUGUCCACGUACCAGUAUGAUGAGAGCUCUGGCUAUUAUUAUGACCCUCUUACAGGCCUCUACUAUGACCCAAAUUCACAGUACUAUUAUAAUCCUCAUACGCAGCAGUACAUGUAUUGGGAUGGGGAAAGACACACGUAUGUUCCUGCCUCAUCACAGACGUCCGAUGACACUACAGAUCCUGCGGUCACGGGAGGGACCUCUGACCUUUCAGGUGUUCCCAACAGCAGUAAGGACAAGAAGGACAAGCCCAAGAAUAAGACAGCACAGCAGAUAGCCAAAGACAUGGAGAGGUGGGCCAAAAGUCUGAACAGGCAGAAAGAGAAUGGCCGAUCGUCCUCGUCAUCCUCGUUGAGUACAAGCUCUCGAUUGAUGGCACAGGGUAGAUCCGAUGACAGGCGGGAAUCUGCCAGCGCAGAUGCGGGUUAUGCCGUCCUGGAGAUGAAGGGUGCCUUGCUGGAAAGACCUCAGAUUCUGAUGGAACAGAUCACACAUCCAGAAGAAAGAGAAAGUCCUCCUCAGGGUCUGGUGGCAGGCUACAGCGGAGAGACAGACAGUGAGGAGGAGGGCGGAGAGCGAGAGGAGAGACUGACAGACUGGUCUAAACUGGCCUGUUUGCUGUGCAGGAGACAGUUCCCCAGUAAAGAGGCUCUAAUCAGACAUCAGCAGCUUUCUGAGCUACACAGACAAAACCUGGAGCAGAGGAGAGCCAGACCGGGCCAGCCAGAGACACACGAGCGACUCGAAACAGAGCUGAGAUACAGGGACCGGGCAGCAGAAAGGAGGGAAAAAGGGGCCGUCCCACAACAACCAGAUGCAAAAAAGAGGAGAUUCAGCCCUGUGUAAGUGGAAGGAGUGAAGUUGUGAAGACAUUGUACCAUGCAGUGGCAUUGGAUCUCAGAUGUUUCCUGGAAGAAUGGAAAAAGGCUUUUUCUUUCGCAACCUCCCAGUGGAGUAAUGGUGUACUUCUUUGGACUUUCUUCAGUACUAAAUGAAACACCUCAUGUGCACAGUGUUUGUGUACAAAGCAACAAUGCAGCUGCGAGACCAUCAUCAGGGUGUUUAUCAAAGAUUAGAGUGAUGCGGUAAUGUGCAGAAUAUAUUGGAUUCAGGUUCAGGAAAAACCCUCAGGAUCCUUAAAAAAACACUAUACAGCACACUGUUACUGUAGAUACAGUCCAACUAUGUGACAUUCUUGUACUUUAGCCUAUUGUCAGCUUCCCAGAAAGCAAUUUGUGAACAUUUGUAGAUGGCAUGAAUUUAUGUAAAAAAAAAAAAAAAAAAAAAAAAGUAUAAUUCUGGGAAGCUGAGAAAAUGAUGUCAGGAUGGAAAACUGGGAUAAUUCAGAAACUAUUUCUUGUAGUUUCUUUCGACUUUUAAUACAUUUUUUGUCCCUUUUUAUAUAUUCUUUGAUGAACAGCCAGUGGCUCUAAGCAGAAGCUUUGCUGAUUUGCCAGUAAGUGUGCUAUGCAUUUUGCAUGUCUUGUAUGACAUGACAGUCUAUGCAGAAAUGACAGACAGCAGGUGUCUGUGAAGACUUGCACAGUAGAUUACUCUUUAGUGAUUAUCUUCAAGAAAAGGCACAGCAGAUGAUUAUGGUUUACUUUAUUAAUUUUUAUUAACCUAAUUUACAGUAUAUAUAUCAUAUGAUUUAUAGGCUGUAUAAGAUUAUAUAAGCUGGUAUACAGUUUUUUAAAUGUGAAUUUAAGGUGGUCAGAGUGAGUUUGUGAGUAUAUGUCCUUAUUAGCACUAAGUGCCGUUGUUUUUUUCUAUUCAUACAUACAAAAUCAUGUAUAUGAUUUUCAAAUACUCAUUUUGCUUAAAUGUUGUCAGAAAAGGGUAAAAAUAUAAUAUGAUUUACAUAGUUUGAUAAAUAUGAUUUAGAAAAUAGUUCCUAAUAAGAAUUAUUUUAUGUGAAUAUAGAACUUAACAUAUGAAUAUUGAUAAUGAGACAAAGCAGAAUUUUG